AUGGCUCCAAAAGACGACGACUUUGUCUUUACCUUGUCCGACGAGGAGGAUGUCCCCCGUUUCGACGAUGACGAGGAGGAAGGAGACGAGAUGAACGGCGCGGCCGAUGCCAGCGACAACAAGAAGCGCAAGCGCGAGGCUGAGACCUCCAAGGGAAAGAACAAGAAGCUGAAGCAGCAGAACAAGGACAAGAAGAAGGGCAAGGGCAAGGGCAAAGCUGCGCCAGUCGAGGAGAGUGAGGAGGAGGAGGAAGAGGAGGAAGACAAUGAGGAAGCUCCAGCCGGUGAUGAUGAUGGCGCAUUGAACCCCGAUUUUGAGUUCGAUGUUGCUGGUUUGGCGACAAACAACGUUACCGAAGGCUUUGACGGAUGGGGUCUCGAGGAUUCCAAGCAGAAUGGUCCCGGUGGAGAUAAGAAGGCCGUCGACAUCGAUGAUAUUAUCACACGGAGAAAGGAGAAGAAGGAUGCCGCUGCUGCGAAGAAGCAGAAGAAGAAGGACGCCGCGGAGCCUGUAUUUGAAGGCGUGGAAAGUGCCGACGAAGAUGGUGGUGUCGAGGUCGAUUUCAAAGACGAUGAAUUGAUGGCCGAUGAUGCCUUUGGUAUGGGUGCUGAUGAUGCUGAAGAGAGCGAAGCUGAGGGUCCCUCGGGCCCCGAAGACAACGACGAGGAAGAGGAAGGAAGCGACGACGAAGACGAUGAAGACGACGAUGCUGCAUCUGACAACGACUCCGUCGCUACCCCCGUUAACCACCCCGACGACGUCUCUGACCGCGAGGAUGCAUCCGAUGAUGAGAGUGAGGUGGACGCCGAGGAGGCAGCGAAGCGCAAGGCGUUCUUCGCUCCCGAAGAGAAGACCGACGGCAAGACCGACAACAAGAGCACAUUCCAAGACUUCAACCUUUCUCGUCCUAUUCUCCGAGGUCUCGCCUCGGUUGGUUUCACAGAUCCCACACCAAUUCAGCGCAAGGCCAUUCCCGUAGCACUUCUGGGCAAGGAUAUUGUCGGUAGUGCCGUGACCGGUUCCGGAAAGACUGGUGCUUUCAUUGUCCCCAUUCUCGAACGUCUACUCUUCCGCCCUCGCAAAACCCCUACUUCUCGUGUCGUUGUUCUAAUGCCCACCCGUGAGUUGGCGGUGCAAUGUUACAACGUCGCCGUCAAGCUGGCUACCUUCACCGACGUCACCUUCUGUCAACUUGUUGGUGGUUUCAGUCUCCGUGAGCAGGAAAACAUCCUUAAGAAGCGCCCUGAUGUUAUUAUCGCCACGCCCGGUCGUUUCAUUGAUCACAUGCGCAAUUCCCCCAGCUUUACUGUUGAUACCCUUGAGAUUCUCGUUCUUGAUGAAGCCGAUCGUAUGCUUGAAGACGGAUUCGCGGACGAGUUGAACGAGAUCUUGACCACUAUCCCCAAGUCUCGUCAAACCAUGUUGUUCUCCGCUACUAUGACUGAGAAGAUUGACAGCCUUAUCCGUGUUGGCUUGAAUCGUCCUAUGCGGUUGAUGGUGGAUGCCAAGAAGCAGACUGUCGUAACCUUGACCCAAGAAUUUGUCCGAUUACGUCCUGGUCGUGAGGAUAAGCGUCUCGGAUAUCUGCUGUACCUGUGCAAGGAAAUCUACACUGGGCGCGUUAUCGUCUUUUUCCGACAAAAGAAGGAGGCGCAUCGGGUACGCAUCAUCUUUGCUCUCAUGGGCUUGAAGGCGGCCGAAUUGCACGGUAGUUUGAGCCAAGACCAGCGUAUCAAGAGUGUUGAGAACUUCCGAGACGGCAAGGUGGCCUAUCUCCUUGCGACCGAUGUCGCCUCCCGUGGUCUCGAUAUCAAGGGUGUGGAGACCGUUAUCAACUACGAGGCCCCGCAGAGCCACGAAAUUUACGUGCAUCGUGUCGGUCGUACCGCUCGUGCCGGUCGCACCGGUCGGGCCUGCACAAUCGCCGCCGAACCCGACCGUAAGGUUGUCAAGGCAGCCGUGAAGGCCGGUAAAUCCCAGGGUGCCAAGAUUGUCAGUCGGGUGGUCGAGACAGCGACGGCUGACGAGUGGGCCCAGAAGGCAGUCGAUCUCGAGGGUGAGAUUGAGGAAGUCCUUCAAGAGGAGAAGCUUGAGAAGCAACUGUCACAGGCCGAGAUGCAAGUGAACAAGGGAGAUAACAUGAUGAAGCACGGAGCGGAAAUCAUGUCCCGACCCAAGCGUACCUGGUUCGAAUCGGAGCAACAAAAACGGACGGCUAAGCAGGCGGGUGCGGAGGCACUCAACGGGCCCAACGCUCAAUCUAAGAAGGUCAAGCUUAGUAACAAGGAUAUGAAACGAUUGGAUGAUGCGCAGAUGCGCCACGAUGGCAACAUUGGGUGGAAAAAGGGCAAGGCGGAGCGAGACGCCCGAGAUGCGCCUCAUGCAAAGGGCAAGGAAAAGAAGAAGGGCAAGGGCAAGCCAUCGGUCUUCCGCGGAAAAGCGCCUUCUCAUGUGAAGCGUGCCGCAAGCGUAAGGUCAAGUGUAACGGAGCUUCUCCGUCUUGUUCACGAUGCGCCGCCCGUGGGGAGAGCUCCGACAUUAUCUUACACCAAACAACUCGAAACGAGGGUCGCACAACUGGAGGAUGCGCUGUCCAAGCUCCGCAAUCAAAAUGUCGAUGUCGAUGCCAGGAAGGUCAGCUCACCGGCUUCGGUGGCCGAGUCGAGCUCCAGCGCUGGACGCAGGAUUAAGAUGGAGCAUGAUGAGACGGGUGAACUUGCGAGGGAGUUCGAUGGGUUGAAUGUGGAGAAUGACGGUCGCAUCUCAUUUCAUGGACCAACCAGUUUGUUCCAGCUGCCCAGUGGCGCUGUGAAUGAGACCGCAUCAACUUUACAUUUUGCCCAGGAGCUAGAGGCCCGCAAGGAGCGAUUAAUUAACAGUGCGUGGCGAGAGCGAGCAUUCGAGCAGAUGGCGACGAUGCCGGAACCGUUUCAAUACCUCAUCGAUUCGCAUUGGUGCUGGAUUCAACCCUUGUUCAACUUUGUAUAUCGUCCAGCAUUUACCCCAGGCGAUAUGAAGCUAAACGGCCCUUACUAUUCGGAUGUCCUACUAAACGCUAUCCUAUCCCAUUCCGUACGAUGGUGCAAAGAAGAGCCUCAGAUGGGCCCCCUUCUCGAAUCCUUUGACGGCGGAGCACAGUUCUACCAACGUGCACGAUCCGGACUCUUCGAGACACUUCAGAGUGGCUACGCGGAAAUCCCCACAAUUCAAACACUCCUCCUUCUCAGUGCGCAAGAGUGCGGCCGUGGUAACCGAACACAGGCAUGGCUAUAUAGUGGAAUGGCAUUCCGAUUGCUAGACGAUCUUGGAAUUUCCAUCGACAGUCGGAAAUAUCCUGGAACAGCGCAGUUGUCAGAUGAGGAUAUUGAAAUCCGAAACCGAUUGUUUUGGAGCUGCUACUUCUGGGAUAAGAUUGUAGCUUUGUAUUUCGGUCGGGCCCCAGUGAUGCAGCAUUCUCGAGUGAGCCCGCCGCGAAUGAUAUUGGACGACACAUCAGAAAUUGAAAUCUGGACACCUCAUGGUGUGACUUUUCCUGAUGGAGCACAAUAUCCACCGACGCAGGCACAUUCAACCUCGUGCUUUAUGAGGAUGUGUGGACUGGCAGAAAUCCUAAACCAGAUCCUCGUCCACAUCUAUGACCCAAUGCGGCAAAGUACCGAGGCUGAAUUCUUCGAGUGCGUUCAAGAGCAGGCCAAGAACCUCGGGGAGUGGUGGGAUGAACUUCCAGACUAUUUGAGACUGGUGGCCACCGAUCUGCCUCCAUACUGCCCACCAAGCCAUAUAAUGACAUUGAACUGCUUAUACCAUACGGUCAAUAUCCUGCUCCACCGCCCAAUACUAUGUUCUCGCGCUUUGCUACAGACUCGCCAAGAACCAUACGACACAAGCCAUCUCGUCCAAUGCAUGGCCUCCGCAACAUCGAUCCUAUCCUUAUUCGAUCUAUACCGUCGAACAUAUGGAGACAGCCACGUCGUUCUCUCCCUUUCCUAUAGCAUCUACACCGCGGCCUCGAUAUUUCUCCUUGAAAUCCAGGCCCUGAAAUACGCUGCACCGGGCACACUCGACAAGCUCAAGUUCUGCAUUCUCGCCCUGGAGCGAGUCAAGGUUACCAACCCAGUCAUGGCAACCGCCCUAAACCUGGUAUACCAAGAGCUCCAAAAGCUCCAUAUUGAUAUCCACGCCCCACCGAAUCCCGAAAAACCCCAUCACCCACCUCCCCAGCCGCGACCCCACUCAACACCCCACAGUCAAUCUCCCUCCGUCAGCAGUAACCCUUCUCGUCACGUCUCCCCGAGCCACCAACAACAACACCAGCAACAUCAGCAACAUCAACGACAACAAAGUCGGGCCACCAUGGGCACCCCGGCUCCCAAUACAACGGCUCCAAUGAUGUCUGGCUAUAAUUUCCAACAACCCGUUUCAGGCUUCGAUCUCUCACAGAUGGGUGAAAUGCCCCAAAUGCCCCCGACACAUUUACUCGGUGGCAUGUCCAAUGCGGUCAUGUCUGUUGAUGAUCCGCGAUCGUAUGAGAUCACGCCUGAAGUUUUCGAGGCAUUUUCGUAUGCACAGCCGAUCACGACAAAUAUGACCUCUCCAUUUGAGACGAAUUGGCAUAAUCAAAGCCAGUGA